AUGGGAGUUUAUCUCUGCUUUGAUAACCCAUGGAGACCAAACCUUCAGCUGGUUCACACAGAUGCCAAACAGUUGGAUAGUAUGAUAUCCUUCACUUGUAAUCUAGCAGAGAAUGUCAGUAGUAAAGUCAGACAGCUCGAUCUUGCCAAGAGCCGAGUACAAGAAGCAAUACGCCGAGUGAAUGACGUACUGGACUUGAAGUUUUGUACUGAUGGUGUGCAAACAGCUUUGCAGAAUGAAGACUAUGAGCAAGCUGCAGCACAUGUACACCGAUAUCUAACAUUAGAUGAAAACGUACUCAAACAAGUCACACCAGACUCUAAAGAAGAUAGUGGUCUUGAUGCUUCCCUCCAGCUUCUCCAUGAAGCUGAACAACAGCUGAAAGCAAUUGUCAAUGUUAAAUUUGACGAUGCUGUUAAAACACGUGAUUUAGCAUCCGUGGAAAGGUUCUUCAAAAUUUUCCCAUUAUUGGGUUUACACGAUGAAGGUCUCAAAAAAUUCUCUAUGUAUUUAUGCACUCAGAUUGCCAAUACGUCAAGACAAAAUUUAGAGAUUGCUUUGGGGACUGAAUCAAAUGAGAGGAGAGCCAAUGUUAUUUACGCUGACACUAUCACACUGUUGUUUGAAGGUAUUGCCCGAGUGGUGGAAAUUCACCAACCACUUAUAGAAACGUAUUACGGUCCUGGUCGGAUGUUGUCCAUGAUGCGCUCAUUACAAAAAGAAUGCGACAUUCAAGUUAAGAAGAUUAUAGACUCUUUUAUAAAAAAUAGAGAAUUUGACAAGAAGGCUCAGCAAGUUCAACAAAACAUGAUGUCAUCGUACAAAACUAAUGUUAAUCAAGCAGACAGGUUGGAUCCUAGGGAACUAGAUGUUAUGUUGGCUGAAGUAACGUUAGCAAAUGCCAGAACUGAACUUUACAUAAGAUUUUUCAGGCGGAGGGUUUUGGCGGAUCUUGAGGUGAUUGACCUGAAUGCUACUGAAAAACAGGAAAAAUUGAGUCAGUUAGAUAAAGUAUUAGUGAAUUGUGAAUUAAGUCGUGGUAUGCAGGAACUGAUUGGUCAUUAUAUUAUGAUGGAGGAGUAUUUCAUGAGAGAGACUGUUAUGAAGGCUAUCAAACUUGAUGCUAUGGAAUCAGGUGCCUAUACCUCCAGUAUGGUGGAUGAUACAUUCUUUAUUGUCAAAAAAUCAGUCAGGCGAGCUAUUUCCAGUUCGAGCAUAGAUUGUGUUUGUGCAAUGUUAAACCAUGCUUGUAUCUUGCUGGAAUCAGACUUCUGCGAUGUUCUUUACAAUAAAUUCCGCACUGGGUUUCCCUCAGGCUCCCUCGACAUGACACAGGCAUAUAAUUUAUUACAACAGGGCAAGUUACCAACCGCAUCAACAGCUGAUUCUAACGCAGUCAAAGCGGCUUUCUUGACAACUGUUAACAACGCUGAAGUGAGUGGUGAGUACGUGAUAACGCUAAAAAAAAGCUUACAAGAUCAGUGUACCAGUCUCUACGGAUACACCAGUGAACAAGGCAAGGCCAAAUUAGAAAGUUGUUUGUCUGAUCUUGGUAAUGUGUCAAAUAAAUUUAAAGAUGUUUUGCAGUAUGGUCUCAAUCAGCUGAAUGCGAGUGCAAUCAAACCACGCAUCAAACCAAUGGUGGAUGCAUUCCUGUCGGCCAAUCACAAUAUAACAGAAGAAGAGUUUUCAAACUACGAAGCCAAUGAUCCAUUUGUACAGCACUUCAUUAUGAGUUUGGAACAGCUGCUUCACACAUUCAAGAGUUCCUUGACAACCAGUAACUAUGAUGCAUUAGUGAGUUUGCUGACCAAUGAAGUGGUCAGUCAGUUAGAAAAAGCUGUCAUGAAAUCAGUCUUCAAUAGGCUUGGUGGUCUUCAGUUUGAUAAAGAACUUCGUGCCUUGGUGGGAUAUUUAACAUCGGUAACACAAUGGACUAUAAGAGAUAAAUUCGCCAGAUUAACACAGAUGGCUACAAUACUCAACUUAGAAAGGGUUACUGAAAUCCUAGAUUAUUGGGGACCAAACUCAGGACCUCUGACCUGGAGGUUGACCCCAGCAGAGGUCAGACAGGUUCUUGCACUAAGGAUUGACUUUCGAAGUGAAGAUAUCAAGAGACUUAAACUUUAACGUUGACUACUGGAAGCAAGAAAUUCUGAUGGACUCCAGCAGUGACUUGUGGUAGCAUAGAAUUCUGAUGGACAUUCACUUCUGUGUUUUGCUAAGCUGGCCAUUCACUGUUGAUGUUCAAUAUGGAGGACCUUAUACCAGUACAUAGGGGCACCUAAGUACAGACUUUGUCAUCAGAUAGACACAUAUUAGUCACAAUAUCUCACUUACCGGUAGUUGCUGUAAGAGGCUUUGAGACUUUAUUAUGAGAGAGUUAUGGGGCCCAAUAGCUCUCCAAGUAGUUAUCAGAACAGAUAUUAGGCCACAAUAUUUCCCCUAAGUUGCUGUAAGUUUUGAGACUUUAUUGUGGAAAAGAAGUAGGCCUUAAUGUCAUGAACUAAGAGCAGAAUAGACCAUUUUCCGUUCACUGCGAGAAUCAAGCGUUAUGCGUGAAA